UCUAACCUAGUCUUAAUAGUAACAUCUUAUCUACUUAACUUAUGUAUUAAAUAUUGUAUUAAUUUUUACAUACAAAUUUACUAACGAGAACAAUGGAUACUAUAUAAUUGUGACUCUGUUUGUUAGGGUCUCCAGUCAUAAACUAAAAGACUUGCAGACGGUGUGAUUGUUUAUGUGUGCGUGAAGUAUGAAUGUUAGCCUGAACGUAUUAGUAAGUUUGCAGUUAGUAGUGAUAGCGGAUUUUUCUAUUCUAAGUACGAAAAAUCCUUCACUUUGCGGCGGGGUACUGUAACGUUGUACUUUGCUAGCUUUAAGAAUAGGUUAGAAAUUAAAUAAAGUAGAAAUAUUUACAAUACAAUUAUUCUAAAAUUAAUAAAACACCUAAAUUAAACUAAACUAAAUAUAAUAAAAAAUUAUAAUAUAUUAAAAUUAACAUAAUUCAUAUACGGAACCCAAUAUUAAUUAUUUACACAAAGGUCCUCGUAACUAUUGCGCCUACGCAUCUCUAAACUGGUGAACUGGUUUCGCCGCGCGCGACGGUGGUGCCUCGAGUGCAUUCGGGCCUGAGACGCAGGCAGACGACCAAAUUGCAUCAGACGUGACGGCUGUGUCACACGUUUUUUUUUACUUGACCUUCAAGUAUUGCGUACCUGCCUAAUUUCUACUUAUUUGUGCUAGACAAAUUCUAAUCGGAAAUCCCGCUGGGGAUUUUCUACGGUGGAUUUAAUUUCUACGUUGGAUUGCUACGUUGGAUAUUCUACGUUCUUGUUUAAACCCUCGCUACGCAAUCUUUCUACCUGGCGGCGAGUGAAAGACCAGACCUGAUCCUGUCUGGAACUACCUGGGUCCUGCUGGAGACCUGGCAGUGCAACCUGGCAAGGAGCUGGGCCGUCGUCGGAGCUACACCACGGUUCAGGCCAGUGUUCCCAGUGUACCUUCUACCUCAAGAUCUAUUCGUGAUUAGGGCAACAGAAGUUGGCUUAAAUAAAGUCUCAAUUUCUACCAAAUUGUGUACUUUAUUUGGACCCCUACCUACCUACCUGUCGGCCAGCCUGACUACCAGCCUACCAACGGCCGCAGUGGCGCCCUUACCGUGGUUUCUGUUGCCUAAUCACGUCUAGAUUCUAGUCUAUUGGUCAGCUGCUAAAUAAUCACCUACCUACAAGUUAUUGUGAACGAGACGGUGACGCGGCGAACUGGUACGUACCUUGUCAUAAUAUUAUACUGUGCUCUUUUCUGUUUUUUAUUCUUUUAUGUUCUGGAUGUGCCUUUUCUGUUUUUUCUUUCUGUUUUAUGUUAUUUGUUAACUGUUGCGUAUUGUACACGUUACUUUUGGAAAGCAUAUCGGUUAUUAUUUUAAAUAACUAUUUCGAGUUCAACAACAAUAAAACUACAUGUCAAAUUGAAACUAUUAUUGUAAAUGAAUGACUAAAGCUACUUUUUAAUGAUUAGAUCUUAUUAAUUAUUGUUAUACGUAACAGUUCGCACAUUUUUUUUCUUCCUUUCUUUUCUAUCAUUUUCAUUUUUUUGUUUUUCACCUACCCACUUAUUUUUUUUCUUCUCAUUUAAUUUUUAUUUGGGUAUUGAUUUUGCAUCACCUCAUCGUAAUAAAAGGUAGUAGUUACUUCUAGUUGUAAAGAACACCAUUUCAUCUUCAUUUCAUUAUCUAAUAGUUAGUAUCUGUUUCUGUUUUCACUUCUUAAUUUCUGCACUGUAAGCGUCAUGGAAACUUACCCUAUUAAAUUCUUUUUGCUUAACAAAAACGAAUUAGUGUACGAGGUGCUAAUUAGAGGCGAGGAACCUGCGUCAACGGUACUUGAACUCCGUAAACAAAUUAAUAAACUUACACCUAUUAUUCCUACUUCGGAUAUUUGCGAAUCGGGCAUAGAACCGGACGUUGAUAUUUCGGGUGCUAGCACAUCUUUAAGCGAGCUAUUAUCACGCGUAAAGACUCUCGAGGACAAGUUCGAUGCUAAUCUUUUUGAACGUACUAGGGCUUUAUGCAAUCACCUAUAUCACCGUAUAAAACGUUUAGAUGGUUCUGAUUCUAAAUAUGCAGACAAAAUCAAAUCACUAACAAAACAUAUUACUGCACUUUCGGCAAAAUUAGACACUAUAAAUAAAUCUGCUAAUCCUACUAGCUGUGAGCCUGUAGCAGGAGUUGUUCACUCAAUUGCAUCUAGUGAUGUUCCACCUAACGUAUCGAUACAUUGUGACCGUUCGCAUAUUAGUGAUUUACAAAAACUUAAAUAUAAUGGCAAGUCUUGCGUUCACGCCUUUAUACAGAGAGUGAGGGAAUACAGCACGGCUAGGAACAUAGCUUCUUCUAAAUUGUUAGCUUACGCCACGGAAAUAUUUACGGGUGACGCGUUACAUUGGUACCGUAGCAUCAGAACCUCUGUGUCUACGUGGGAGGAACUGGUGGCUGUACUGGUUCAGGAUUUUAGUCACUUUGACUAUGACUACCGACUUCUGUCUGAGAUUCGGCAGCGCACUCAAGGUGAUACUGAGACGAUCACAAUCUAUUUUGCUAAAAUGAAAGAAUUAUUUUCCAGGCUUAGUAAAGAUAUAUCAGAACAAGAAAAACUAGAGAUCCUUCUACAUAAUAUUCGACCUUGUUAUGCUAGUGUAUUGGCUUCUAACUCAUCAACUAUAAAUUCUAUUGACAGCUUAAAAACAAUCUGCAGGAACUUUGAAAGAAUUCAGUCCUUAACUUCUCAGUUUAAAGAACCUCCUAGAAUUACAGGUGAAACCUUAGCUCCAGAUCUUGCAUUCUCCAAAUUUAAUGAACCUAAUUUAAAUAAACCUAAAUUCUACAAUCAACAUAGAUAUAAUAAUAAAUAUAAUAACAAUUCUGAUAGUAAUUCAUCUUACACUAAAACUAAUUUUAAAAAUCAACAUUUUAAUAAUAAUUCUUAUAAUAUUAAUAAAAAAUCGAACACUAAUGUAGCUGCUAUAACACAGCCUAGUGUUUCAAACAUAAAAACUGUUUUCUGUCCACGUUGUCGUAACUCUGAUCAUCCCUUAAGUCAAUGUAAAGCUAACAGGUACCCUAUUUGUUUUAAAUGUGGAACAAAAGAUGUUAAAUAUCCUAAUUGCCCUAACUGUCACUCUAAAUCUAAUUCAAAAAACUAACUACUGAAGAUUGUUGUAAUAUAAAUGACAAAACUAAAACUAAAAACUCUAAAAAUUUUGAUGAAAACGAUUGGCAAAAUUGGCUAUUAACUAUUAAAACAUUCUUUUCAAGCUAUUUUGUUACAACAAUCUUCGAUAAAAAACCUAUAGAUGAUAUACGUCCCUACGCAACUGUCCUGGUAGGUGAUAUUACAUUGUGUGGAUUACUAGACUCUGGUUCAGCAGCAACUAUUCUAGGCAACAAUUGUCAUGAAUAUCUAAAAUCUAUUGGCCUAGCUAUUCAUAAAGACCUAAAAACCUUUACUGCUGCAGGAGGCGGAAAUUUACCUACUAUUGGUUAUGUUAAUUUACCCGUAACAUUCGAAAAUCAAUUUCAUAUUUUAAAAGCUUAUGUUAUACCUACUAUUAAAACCAAUCUUAUUCUCGGUGUCGAUUUUUGGACAAAAUUUAAUCUCUUUCCUAAAUUUUCUAAAUCUAUUUCGCUACAUCCCAAGUAACACA